AGACCUGCAAAGAGAGAGAGAGAAAGAGAGAGAGAGAAAGAGAGAGAGAGAGGUGGUGCAAAGAGAGAGAGAGAGAGAGAGAGAGAGAUAGGGGGAGAGAACCGAGGCGACAGAGCGGAGGUGACAGCGGAGAAUGGAGAGGAGCGCGUCCGCCCGGCGAGCUUUGACGGCGGCGAACGCGCAGAUCCCACUCGGUGUUUCCCCUCUGGAGCCCGCGAGCUGAACGAACCCGGGAGGAAUCCGACCGGGGGGCGAACGCGGAGGAAUGGCUGAUCCUCUGCGGAGGACUUUACUAGCGAAACUCCGGGGGAAGAAAUCCAAGAAAGGAGCGACGCUCGGCGGUGGAUACGGAUCUGCUGCUGCGGCGGCUGCGGCGGACGGGAGCCGAGAAGGUAAAGAAAAAGUUUUGCGGGCAGGCUCCGGUGAGGCUCCGGUUGUGUCGCUCACCGCGGAGAGAAUGAGCGCGUACGAGAAUUGUGUUGACGGGGCCACGGGGCUCGUUGUGGGGCUCGGGGAGAGUCGCGCAGCCGAGUUGUCCGGCGCGCGUCCCCCGGAGCAGAGCAGCAAGGGCAGGGGUCGGGUUAACGAGCAGCUCCCGGGGGUCGGGGGUCGUGUCUCCGGGGAGGCGGACGAGAGCCACCGGGGGCUGAGACCGGCCGGGGAAACCGCGGGCUCGCCGGCGGGGGUCCAGAGAAAGCGCUUCGUGUCGGUGCCUCGGCAGCGCAGCGUCGGGGACUCAAUCGGGUUUGGGGACAAUUCAAACCGCGUUAUGCGCCGGGUUGAGCCGCAGACCGGGGCCGGGGAAGCUCCUCCAGAGAACCGGGUCGCUCCCGCUGCUGGUGCCGGGACGGAGCCCGGGGACGGAGCCGUGUCCCGGCACAUGGCAGCGGCCGCGGGGGCCCUGCACGGACACAACGCCAACUGGAGCUCUGACAACAACCCGACUCCGGAGGCACGUUGCGCGGAACUCGUGGAUCCAAACUGCGUGCCACGGAACACGCAGGAAAACAUUUUAAUCAGAAAUAUCGAGAGCUACGGGCCAGAGUUCGCAGGGGACGUUAGGGGGACCGUGGGGGGGCUGCUGAGCCCCACGUUUUUCCCAACAGAGUUAGAGAUAUGCGACAUCAACAGGGCAUCUCCGUGCGCCACGCAGGCCUCGCUCAGAUACCCCGGGGACAGCGAGGACGAGGAUUACUAUGACAAUGAAAUUCUGCCUUUUUAUGAAACUAUCAGAGUGAACAGUGAUCGAUGCGAGGCUGCAGACCUGCCCCCGUCGGGUCGGGACAGAGGCGGCAGUGCUCAGGAGACGGACAGGCUGAGGAACCAGCUGCAGGAAGCUUACUACCUUCUCAUCAACGCUAUGAAUGACAUCAACCUGGACGUGCAGCAGGUCGGUGGUGGUUCGACGGAGCAGCAGGCCACCUCCUCCUGCAGCAGCCACUCAAGAGACAGUCUGUGCUCCAGGCUGUCGGCCAAGAACAUGGACAGUGACUCCUGGUCCUCAGGAGGAGACCACAGCCCUCAGCAGGUGUCUGACACCGACUCGGUCCUGCUCUGCAUCAGUGGGAACCCCGAGUCAGGCCUCAGAACCAGGCUGAACAGUAAGAGCAUGGUGAACCUGACACAUACCGAGAUGAGACCAACGUUACUGCGCUCGGCUAGUGACGGGGCCAUCAGGUACCCAGGUGGCGUCUCGGUAUGUGUCAGGGCUCCUGGAACACAGAACCCAGGUAUCUGCUCUGAUAAAGAGGGCACAGAAGCUAAAGAGGAGGUCGGAGACGUGGGCGAGCUGUCGGACAGCAACGCCAUCAGCAGCGAUGAUCUCCUACAAGAGCCUGGUGGAGAGGAGGACCGGGGCAGGCCGCUCAAUGAGAGCAGCGGCUCGGUCAACAGCCUCACUGGAUCCUCGGACAGCAACGCCGAGGCUUCCACACAUCAGAGUCACAACAAGCAGGAGCUGAGUGGAGCCCACGCUCAGGGGCCCAACGCUCUCAACAAGGGCCACGGGGUCACCGUCAACAAGAUGCAGGAGUGGAUGCACAAAGGCCGCUUGCUGUCUUCAGAGAUGAAGCAGCGCAUAGAGGGCUCGUCUUUGCCUCGUGGUGGAGGCCAGAGCCAGGAGCGCCCCUGUCCCCAGGCUAACCCUGUUGGGUCCAAACCUGGGUUCCAGACACCAGGCCGAGAGGUCAAGUCUGGGAAGGCUAAACCCCCGACGGUCAAGUCACCUCAACAGCAACAGCAGCAGCAGCAGCAGCAGCAGCCAGGUAGGAAGGCUACACGGAGUCGCCUCAGCUCCCGUGGAUCCUCUAAGAUCAGAGACCUCUCACCCUCCUUCCUCACGUCUGAUUGUUAUCAUCCUCCUCCACUCAUAGUAAACUCCGUCUGGUGGUGGUCCACACUGCACUCCUCCUCUUCUGGAUGCAAAGCAAAGGGACGGGACACCUCAGAUCUCUUUGCUUUCUGGUUCAGCACCUCUGGUUUCUUGAUGCAGAUGUUUUCUUCACCUGGAAAAGGUUCAGACUGUUUUCUGAGGACGAAUGAGGAUUUAUUGUUUUUCAAUGCAAAUCAAAUGAUUUAUUUUUCUGUCUCGUUUCAGGAAGUUGUUUUGCUCACAUUCUCUCUCUCUCUCUCUCCGUCGCCCCCUUCAGCUUUCAUUGAGAAUGUCCAAACCCCCUUCGCUAACGGCCGCGAGGUGGCCAGAGCGGCCGAGCCCUCGUCACGGAGGCCGCCGCUCACCACCAUCACCGUCUCCAAGAAGCGCAACUGGCUGCAGCAGAGCUCCCACGGGAAGGGUCACUGCCCCAAGGACGAGCUGCAGGGAAUGCUGGGAGCUGAGGAGGAGGGCUCCCAUCAGCCUCCACCUCCUCCCAGUCCCUCCCCAGACCACCUGAGACCCUCUGGGGGAGCCCCGCCGCGGCCGGUCCGCCUACAGCUGCCUCAGGUCAUCGUCGGUCAGGCCAAGGUGUCUCCUUUCCCUCGGGGGGUGGACCCUGCCGAGGAGAACGACGCAGACGACGAGGGGGAGAUCUGGUACAACCCGAUCCCCGAGGACGACGACGCGGACUCGGCUAACCGACCCUCCGUGCGGCUGCUGGUGCCCCUCCGGACGGAGCUCGAGCGGAGGCCCAGCAGGGCCGGGGACGUGAGUCACGGGGGCAGCGGAGUGCCAGAGGUGCUCGUUGAAGGCGUCGGUGGCGGCUUGGGAGACGGGAGUCAGGGCAAUGCUGUACAUUCCACAGAGGCACCACAUCUGCACAGACAGAUGCUCGCGUGCAAACCUCAGGAGGAGGGGGGGCCUUCCAGCAGCAGAGUCACAGAUGGAACCGAGCUGCCCAACGCCGUCGGCUUCUCGCCUCCCUCCAGCCCCAACCCGACCAAGAAGAGCAGCUCCAUCAACUGGUCCUUCCCAGACAAGAUCAAGUCCCCGCGCACCGUCAGGAAGAUCUCCAUGAGGAUGAAGAAACUCCCGGAGCUGAGCCGCAAACUCAGUGUCAAGGGGACAUCGAGCGGCAGCAACAACGGCAGCAGUCAGCCGGAGCCUCGGGCCCAUUCUCCCAGAAACAACUCAGAGACUGUCACCCAAACCUCCGGCCCUCCUCGGUUGACGGCGACUGGCGGUGGGCAGGCGAGCCGGAACGUGAUUUCGCGCUACCACCUGGACAGCAGUGUGUCCAUGCAGCACAGCUUCAGCAAGAAGAAAAGCAACGGCAGCUCGAAGUCCGCCAGCAAAGGAGGCUACCUCAGUGAUGGGGACUCACCGGAGCUGGUGGCCAAAUCUGGGAAGCAUGGCGCCUCGGAAGGGAAGGGAGGGAAAGGCAAGGAGGUGGAAGCGGGAGGGAGCUCGAAACUCAACGGCACCGAGCUGGACAUCGAUGCUUUCCGCCAUUACAGCUUCACGGAGCAGCCCAAGUGCAGCCAGUACAUCUCUGGACUCAUGAGUCUGCACUUCUACGGUGCCGAGGACCUCAAACCUCCGCGAAUCGACUCUCGAGACGUCUACUGCGCCAUCCAAGUGGACUCGGUCAAUAAGGCCCGAACCGCUCUCCUCACGUGUCGCACCUCCUUCCUGGACAUGGACCACACGUUCAACAUCGAGCUGGAGAACGCCCAGCACCUGAAGCUGGUGGUGUUCAGCUGGGAGCCCACGCCGAGACGGAACCGCGUCUGCUGCCACGGCACGGUGGUGCUGCCCGCGCUCUUCCGGGUGACGCGGUCCCACCAGCUGGCGGUGAAGCUGGAGCCGCGGGGGCUGAUCUACGUCAAGCUGAGCCUGAUGGAGCAGUGGCAGAACUCGCUGGACGGCCGGCUGGGUGGAGACAGGGAGCCCAAGGUGUUCGGAGUGGAGGUGUGGCGGGUGGUGGAGAGGGAGAACACGGGACUGAUGGUGCCGCUGCUCAUAAACAAGUGCAUCAACGAGAUAGAGAAGAGAGGCUGCCAGGUGGUGGGGCUCUACCGUCUGUGUGGAUCUGCGGCGGUGAAGAAGGAGCUCCGGGAGGCGUUCGAGAGGGACACCUACACCUUGGAGCUUUGUGAGAACACGUAUCCCGACAUCAACGUCAUCACAGGCGUUCUGAAGGACUACCUGCGAGAGCUCCCCUACCCUCUGAUCACCAAGCUGCUGUACGAGGCCGUGUUAGAGGCCAUGGCCACGAGGCCGCUGCGCAUCGGGCCGGGCGGCUGCGAGAACGACCAGGCCGACUCGGAGCACACCGUCAGCCUCCUGGAGAACCUGCCGGAGGUGGAGAGGGUGACCCUGCGGAAGCUUCUCAACCACCUGAAGCUGGUGGCGUCGCACCAGGACGUGAACAAGAUGACGUGUCAGAACCUGGCGGUGUGUUUCGGCCCCGUGCUGCUCAGCCAGCGGCAGGAGGCGUCGUGCCACACCAACCGAGUCUUCAUCGACUCCGAGGAGCUGGCGAGCGCUCUGCACUUCAAGAAGCACAUCGAGGUCCUGCACUACCUGCUGCAGCUGUGGCCAGUUGUUGACCCACAUGGCGAGUCCUCCUUUCAGCCCCUGGCGUCAUCAGACCGGCUCUCUGCUCCUCCUCUGCGGCGGAGGAAAGAGCGCCCCCAGGUCCUGAACCUCUCCGAGGCGGAGAUGGCGGGUGUUCUUCGGCCCAGACCGGGGCGUCUGGACAGCCCGAGCAACCGCUACGCCGGUGACUGGAGCCGCUGCGGCGAGAGCUACUUCCCCUCUGAAAUGCUGCUGCCUCCCAGCAAAGAGGAGGCGGACUAUGAUGAUGUGGCCUCCGAGGAUACGGAGGCAGCUGAGGAGGAGCAGGAGGAGGAGCAGGAGAAGCCUGAGGAUGAAGAGGAAGAUAAAGAACAGAAGGUCGCACGCCCUGCAAGCGAUCCGGCUGAGCAGGAGCCACCUCCUUCAGAGGAUGUGGCGAGGGAGGUUGAAGAGGUGAACGAGGAGGGGGAGGAGGAUGAGGAGGAGGAGGAGGAGGCGGAGGAGGAGAAGCACGUAGAGAGCGAUAGUUCAGGCAACGGACAGCCGCUAGAAGACGAAGAGGAGGAAGAGGAGGUGAGGGUGUGCGACCACAUCCUGCCCCCUCGGCUGCCCAGAGAGCACACGUACCAGGCCUACAUGAAGAUCCAGGACAUCAGCCCUGUGCUGAGCAACAGGGUCAACCUGAAGGACUUGCAGGAGAGCAUCGACACGCUGAUCGGAAACCUGGAGAGGGAGCUUAACAAGAACAAGCUCAACGUCGGAUAUUGACUCACACACACACACACACACUCUAUCAAAGCCUGACGAGGUUCGAGGAAGACCUUCUUUACCAUCAAGGUGCUUCAGGAUAACGCCACGCUGCAGUGCUGCUGUAAAACCCUAAAGGAUGAGAUGAGAGGAAACAGGACAGGGCACUUCUGGCAUUUGUACCCAUAGACAUUCCUAAUGUGUUUAUUUUCCUCUGAUUUUGUCGACUGUCUCACUUUGGGUUGUCAUCGCAUUGUGUCAGUCCUGUUGUGUGUUCCAUGUUGUUAUUGUUGCUUCUCUUCUUAUUAGAAGAACCCAUUGACCCCUCAGGGGUUUAAAAGGUGCCUUAAUUGUGCGAAGGUGGUACGUGGAGAUGAAAGUCCACCCUGGAAUAAAACACAUCCCCUCCUCUGAUACAGGACAACAUCUAUGAUACGUGUGAAGGGCUUUUACUUUGAAAAUGCAGGUACAAAUCCAGUCUAGGUGCAAUGGGGCUCUGCUCAUUCAAUGAUGAACACUAAGUCAUCCCAGUGCUCCCAGUUUCCAAGAAUUCUUGGCAGAGUCUGAAGCAGCAUUUGGACAUUGGACACUUCAAUAUGAAUUCAUUGGCUAGAAAUCUCUGGGAGACAUUUGGCCUUUCCAUUAAGAAUUCCAACAAAAUCUGUAACGAAGUAAUUUAAUCAAUUCAGAAACUGUGCAAGGCCCUUGUGUUAUUUCUGGAAGCAGAGAGAAGGAAUAUCUUCUCAUAUUUUUAUUGAACCUCACUGUUAUUGACCAGAGAAUUCAUCUCUCUGCUGAAAGGAAAAACAACAGGAUUCCUGGAAGUUUCAAGGUUCCAGUUUCAUCCAGUUUAUAUAUUUUAAUUUGACCAUUUAUUCAAUGAGACACUCCAGGAAUCAAAAUACGAGUAAACAUAACUUCAUGUGUAAAGUCAGAGUAUCGCAGGAGGAGCUUGUGUCCGUUCUAUUUCAGGGUGGAUUUCUUAUUUUUUAAGGCAGCAGAGAGCUUUUCUAUUGAGGUAUGAAACACUAAAUGUUUUACAACAAUAAUGCACUUAUGAGUUAGGCAGUUACGUAGAUCGUCAUUAUAGAUCAUGCAGUAAAAUAUAUUCUGACUGUGGACUGAAUGGAGAGAAACAGCUGCGACUGAAACCUCCUCUUAAACAUGAAUAUGGAAGAAAAUGAGUUGAAAUGUUUUUUACUUUGUGCAAGUUUUCAAUGUUUCGACACUUCGACAUUUAGAUAAACACUUUUCAGAGUUGGGUACGAGAUAAUCUACGAUCGGAGAUAUUGUUUGAUCAGGCAGCAAAACCAGAGAAAGUGUGUUUGAUGUUGCAUCGUAUUCAGUUUAGGCUCAAAACUAUAGUCCAACAUUUUGUUUAAACAACUUUCUCGCAAAUCAAUAUCACUCAAGUCUGUUCUCUAUAAACUAAGCACAUCACAGCGACUGUUAAGCGACUGUUAGCUUAGCACAAACACUGUGAGAAGGGUAAACACUUAGCUUGCAGUUAACACCGUCACAUUCAUCAGAAAACACGCUCCAGCCGAUUAAAUACAACUAAAAGAAAUAGAAUAUUUCCUCUUUUUAUUAUUUGAAAUAGCCCAGAAAACAUUGCGACAUCAACACUUAAGACUGGAUAAUUUUACAACUAGCGCUAAAAGUUUUGUAGGUCAUUUGAAGCUAGCUUGCCAGCUCCACGAGAGUUGUAUUGAUCUUAUUUAAGAAAUUCAUGAAACGUCUUCUCACAGAAGGCAUCGGAAACUAUUCCUCUAAAAAGCUUUUUGCUUAUUCUAGCUUUUGGCAAAACCGUGAAACAGAAACAGCUCAAAUGUGAAGCACAAUUUUUCCGAGCGGCGGAAGAAGCCGUUAGCGACGGGGCUCAGUUGGUACGACUUUUAGCUAGCUGCCUAAAUCGACUAAGGUUUGUUCUCAGCAAUCCAGGGAUUCAGAAUGAUCAGUAUUUAACCUAUAUGUAUAUGUACAUAAUUAUAUAAAUGUAUUCGGAGUAUAUUAUUUUUACAGCUUCUGUUUCGAUGGCAUAUUUAAAUACUUCCGAUGACCUCGUAGUGUUGUAGCGAUAGUCGCUUUUCCUCCCUUCGAGCUACCUGUACACAUCUCAAUGUGCUGGACUAAUGGUACAACUUUAGCUGUAAAAUAUAUGAUAAAAUCGUGCCCUUGCAGAAAAAGUGACAUUGUUAUUUUUGUUAUAUUGUGUAUACAUGUAUAUUUGACAUUGUGUCUCUGGUGGACUAAGCUGUGUUCAUGUUGUUGUUGUUUUUUUAAAGGUACUGAACGUUGCAUGGUCAAAAGCUUUACUGACAUAAACAAGGCUCCCUCUCAUCUGCCUUUGUAUUUGAUAUUUAUGUGUAAAAAGACUAUUUUGUAAUGUAUGCUCGUUUGUUCGUCUCCCUGUUUCUCAGAUUGAUCAUUUUCCUCGGUCCAGCUUUCUCUCCAGAGGAUUAAAGACAGACAUCGGUUAACAUCAGUUAACUCUCUGAUUCUUUUCUUGAUAAAAUGUAGUCUGUGAAAUGUCUGAAAAUUGUGAAAACGCACAACUUUGAACAUUCCUAUUCAGUCCCAACUCAUCGCUAUACAAAACAUAUUCAUCCCAAAUCAUCUAUAGGUGUAAAAAAAAAAACGGACAUGAUUGAUAGUAAGUGAAUUUGUUGAUCAGGUGGAUGUUUGGUUGGAUGUUUGUAGCUUUGUUUACAUCACACAUGGGUGCUUCUCCCGCUGCUCUGCGGUGAACAUGAGGCAGCUGUGUGGUGAAAGUGAGUUUCAGCAGGGAUCCAUUCAAACCAUCUGUCCGCUCACACAUCGCAGAACAACCAGGGCCUCACUUUAUAAGAAUUCGAUUUCCAGAUCUAAAAAGCUGCUUACGUAAAAUAUUCCAAAGACGUUUAUGACUUUUUAUAUUCUUACUGAUACUUAUUGAUCAAAACCUUUAUAAUAGAGGUCUAAACUCAGCAUGAAGCCUGUUUUAGGCAGCACAGUCCUACAUCCUGCAGGGAGCCACAAUCUGUCACAUUUAAGAGAAACAUCCAGUUUCAUUAUCAAUGAGUUCAUCAACUCCAUCAAACACCUGCAUUAGUUUCCAUGUUACAUCGACCAGUCUUGUCCUCUUUGUCCUCUGGAGAUAAAAUACCAAGUGGAAAACAGAAACAUCGCUUUGUGUUGAUCCUGAGAAAUGUAUGGUCAUAAUAAAGUAUAUUAUUUUA